AUGGGAAAUAAAGGACCUGGAUUAUCGAGAGCGCAAUGGUGGUGUGUCGCCUCCAUUGUUUCGUUAAUUUUGCUGUGGAGCAGAGCUUCGGCACAGAUCAGAUACUCGAUCGCUGAGGAAGCUAAAGAAGGAACUGCUGUCGGGAAUAUAGCGAAGGAUUUGGGAUUGGAGAUGAACGCACUGAAAGAGAGAGGAUGUCGGAUCGUUGAGGGCUCAACAGAAUCAUUUUUCCACGUUAACCAGAACGACGGGAUCUUGUAUAUUGACCGAAUAAUUGACAGGGAGAAGGUUUGUGAGCGGAGCAGUGUGUGCUUGAUAAACCUCAAAACUGUGCUGGAAAACCCCCUUGAAAUUCAUUACGUGACCGUGGAGGUGCUGGAUGUGAACGACCACUCUCCUGGCUUCUCCAGCACAGAGUUACGUCUCGAAAUCUCAGAGUCAGCUUUACCAGGCUUGCGCCUUCAGCUGCAAGCAGCACGCGACCCGGAUGUUGGUCAGUUUUCGGUCCAGGAGUAUAAACUUAGUAAUAAUGAUCAUUUUCGCUUGGAAGUGAAAGACCGUGGAAAAGAUGGAAAAAUACCCGUAUUAGUGUUACUGAAGACGCUAGACAGGGAAACAAAGAAAAGUCAUAAAAUGCUUCUAACAGCUAUUGACGGAGGCAAACCAAGUAAAUCUGGAACAGCGGAACUUAUUAUUGACGUCUUAGACACGAAUGAUAACAUGCCGCUUUUCACAGACGACCCUUACUCAGUAUUCCUGGAAGAGAAUUCUCCAAUUGGCACAACAGUUAUAAAAGUAAACGCCACGGAUUUAGACGAAGGGUCCAAUGGUGAUAUUAUCUAUUCAUUGGGCAAUAACGUGAACAGCAGAAUACGCGAACUUUUUCGCAUCGAUCCAAAUACAGGUGUUAUUAUUGUUCAAGAGUUAAUAGACUUUGAAUUAGGUGAAAGUUAUGAGAUUGAUAUACAAGCGUCCGAUAAAGGAUCUGCUCCUUUUAGGACAGACAAAAGUGUGGUGGUAAAUAUUGUUGAUUUGAAUGAUAACACACCUCAAAUAGAGGUGACAUCAUUUUCAAAGGCAAUACCAGAGGACGCGAGACUGGGAACCACAGUGGCAUUAAUUAGUGUUCUUGAUAAAGACUCUGGUCUUAACGGAAAAGUAAUUUGUUCAUUUGUAGAGGAUGUGCCAUUCAAGUUAUCACCUUCAACACAAGACAACAUGUACUCUAUAGUCACAAAAUCACGCCUGGAUAGGGAAAAGCAGUCAGUAUAUGAUGUUACAGUUGUUGCAAAGGAUGCAGGUGAACCAUCGUUGUCUUCUGAAAAAUCUAUUACUGUUGUCAUAUCAGAUGUGAAUGAUAACAGUCCAGAGUUUUUAGAGAGCCCUUACACGUAUUACGUUGCUGAGAACAACUCUCCAGGAGCAUCACUGUUUUCUGUGAGAGCGUCUGACCGCGACGAAGGGGAUAAUUCCCGCGUUUUAUAUCAUAUUCUAAGAGAUGGAAAAGAUCAUUCUAAACUAAAUUCAUUCAAUCUGAACAUAAACUCAGAGAACGGAGACAUCAUGGCUCUAAAAAGUUUUGACUUUGAAACAGUGAAAACUUUCCAGUUCCACGUUGUCGCGUCAGAUUCUGGAACUCCGUCACUGAGCAGCAACGUCACAGUGAACGUGUUCAUUCUGGAUCAGAACGACAACGCUCCAGUCAUC